AAGGGGAAGAUCAAUGAUCCUGGGGAAAAGAUUCACCCUGAUGCUUCACGCUGAAUGACAUGGGAUUUUCUGUAGGAGAUGAUUGACCAGAUCAUGUGUGUGGCAACGUAGGAAGCUCAGAUUGCCAUGACGUAGAAAAGAGCACAAGAUAAGGUUGCAAAAUAUUUUCUUCCAGCAGAGUGAAAAAUGCUUCCUCUCUAAGUAAAAAAAGAUAGGAAGGAAAAAUUAGAUUAUUCUCAGCAGUAUGCUGCCCUACAUGUCCUACAUGUUUCACCUUUACUGCUGCCUGCUUUUUAGAGAUCGAUUCAUGUUAUUUAAGAAUAAGACAGGGAUUUAUGUGCUGGUGCAAACUCUGAUUUUCCUUUCAGAGGAACUAUUGUUGUUCAGAUAAUCUGCUCCUCCCAGCUUAUUUUUUUCUAGAAAAACGGAAUUGGCUGAUGUAACCCAGCCUCACCCAUUCAUCUUUUUCCAUGAGGCACUCAAGGACUCCAACUCCAUUUUCUAUUUCUCCUGAUGGACAGUGAGUGGCAUGCUGUACUUAAAGCAGGUUUUAUAUUCUCGACAGUCCCGUACUUGUUGAUUUGAAAGCAGGAAAAGCCUCUGAAAUGUGCUGGCAAAUCCUACUCGUGUGCGUUACCCUAGGUAGAGCAAGCUGGGUUAUAAACCAAAAGGUAGUACUCCAGCUGCUUUUCUUAUUUACUGUGUCAGAGCAAGACUGUAUCAGGGCUAUACGAUAGCUGCAUUUAUGCUUCGCCUCCUGUGGCAGACAGGGAAGCCCACGUCCCAAGCAGCUGAUGUGCCUCAGGUCCUCGUGAUGAACGCAUGAGGAAUAUGAACCUUCUCCAGACUCUUCUUUGAGAAUAUUCUUCCUUUUGCCUGCCCAGCCCAUGAGCAAUUCUCCUCUUUGUUUGCUCUGACUGCAACUCCUCUGCAAGAAAAACUGCUCCAUUUUUUGUACUACAGCUUCUCUGUCACCUGUUCUCAGACACAGAGGUCAUGUCCUCCUGGUCCUGUUCCCAUCUUGGAGUUGCUACCAUAAGACCUUCUUUGUGGGGACAGAAGAGGAGCUUCUGCAUUGCACCCCAGAUAGGACUUUGAAAUGCUGGUGUCUGAUGACUUGCAAUAAUUAAGAUAUCCAGAAAAAACCUUGGACUCUCAAUGUCAUCACAAAGGUGUGAGAUAUAUAUGUAAUGGGGGUAUGCUCAACGCCUGGAGGAAUAGCUGGGCCACGGGCAAGGAAGGAAAGGGCAGGAGAUAGGAACUAGCUGAGACAUGAGAAUAUUCUUUUAAAAUGUUAGUGUGCUCCCUCCUGUAGGUAAAAAUUAGAAGAGGCAAACCUGAACUGUUCAGCACCCACACACGAAGCUCUUGUACAACAAGGGAAAUAAUGUGAAUUGUGAUGGAAGAAGCCCUUGGCGGAGUACGUGGACCCAUGGUGACAGAAUGGUAGUGUUUGGGGUGGGCUGCGGAGGAGGGAGGAAAAUGUUCUCCCUACAUAGUCGUUGCAGGUUUUUCCAGGAGAAAUGGUGUUUGUUACUUGGGCGUCAGUCAAGGCGUUUAGGGCAGACUGGUAGAAGCCUUAAAAUCUGAAGUUGUGCAUGUUUUGGUGGACUCGCGGCUUCAGCCAGUGAAAGGGGGCAUAACUGAACGACGGAUGAGCCGCAGUGCCGGCAGAUGCUGCCUCAUUCAGGCAGGACAGUCAUUCUUCCUUUUGAGCCGCUGGUUGUGUAGGAUAGGGAAGGAUCGUGACUGAUGUAGUGGGUGGACCCUGGGGUGGAGGAGGAAGUCAUGGAACACAUGCAUGAUGAGGGCACCAUAAAUAGUCGUCCAUGGGUGAUGCCUCCAGGACAGAGCUCAUCCAAGGGGUGGGUGCUGCUGGCUCCACGUGGCAUCGCUCCCAGGUAAGCCAGGAAGGCGGGAGGACAGGUUCCCUGGGCUUUGCUUGAAUCCCCUUAGUUUUGGCCAUGGAGAUGUGCUGGCAGGAAGGGAGUCUUUCUUUCAAGUGUCCUAACAGAGACCAGUUCAGCUGUACUUUUGCUUUACCUCUUACACAAGGGUUUUUUUGUCUGUAUUGGCUGAGGUAGAAGAAAGUGGCUAAUGCAAACUUGCUUCUUGCUCAAAGGGGGCGUCAGGGGGACAGCAAGUCUUGGAGAGCUUCCUGGGGGAAGGAGGCCUCCUGCCUUCCCCAGGGAGAGGGCAGUGGUGGAGGGGAAGAAUCUUUGGAAAGGUUAAGGGGAGACUUGCAGAAGGCCACAAAAGCCUCUAACUGGUGAAAGCAGCCCAUGCUGUGAGCAACAGAGGAGCAAGAGCUAUUCUGGAAGGUCCUCCGAAGUGGGGAAGUGGAACUUCAGCACUGGGUGCUUGUGGCUCUGGGGGGAAAACUACACACAGUCCCUGGACAGCAGGUGGCACCACAGUGAGGGCGAGAGGCCCUAAAUUCCUUAUAACCAAGGUGGGGAGGGUAGAAAGCAGAGGGGCAGUGAAGCUCCAGGAUGGGUGGAGCUGGUGGUCCACCUCGGGCUUCUUGGCUUGCAUCCUCUCCAUGCAGCAGGGUUUUGCAGCCCUGUUCCUCCAUGUCCAGCCCUCCCUGGCCCCUAGCAGCCUGCUGGGGCUGGCAUGGAUGGUCUCUAGCAGGUCGCAGCUUUGCGAAACCUUGUUGAGCUGGUGCCUUCUGGCCUCUCGGGCUGUGCAGGAGUUGGGCGUGCAGCCUGAGCUGCUCCUCCCUGUUCCUAUGCAUGGGAAGAGCUGAGGCAGCUCUGCCCAUGGAAACAACCACAUGGCGCCUGUUCACUUCUGCUUCUGCAAAGCCAGGGCAAACCUGAAAUAAAUUAGCUGGUAUGAGAAGCAGCUUAGGUCAGAUAGCUUGUGCAAAACAGGUUGCAAGCGGCUGGGAAAGGGGAAAAUGUGUAAAACCAAGCUGAAGCAAAAAUGAACACAGAGUAGAAGGAACUGGGGAAGCCCUGGGACAACAGCGAACCAGGUUGUUUUCAGUGGUCCCAGGGCAACUGAUGGGCAUCCCCUGCCUUGCAGGUAGAGAACAGGGAGAGCUAAUUUUUAAUAAGGUAUCACCUGGAGAUAGGCAAUUUCUAGGUGAACUGAUAACUUAAUAAAGUGCCAGAAGAGCUGGAUGGCUUGCCUGAGGAUAGGUGAUAACCUUUUCUUAAUUAACUUUAAUUGGUGCCAGCAUAUUCAGACCUAUGGUAGGACUGGUGUGCAAUGGGGAUGGAGUUGCUGUUGACUGAAGACUGACGUGCUUUCACGAGUCCUUGUCCAAGGAUUUCAGCCCUUUCCUGGCUCCCUCCUCCUCUUUGUAAGCACUCAAAGUCAAACCAAGGCACGGUGGUUGGACUUCUUCCUGCCGUAACAUUUAGGAGGAGCUGACCCUGCGAGUCACACAGGUUUCAAGACUCAGUGCAGGACCUGCUGUUGUCUUAAACUCCCUUGCCCAUUUGGCAAAGAAAUAUUAGCAGGUCUGAAGUUGGGCUUCUCCUUCUAUGAUACUCAACCUCAGGAAAACUGUUCAGUAGUAGUAGGUUGGUAUUAACAUUGAAUUUAUUUUUAAUAUUUAAUUAAUUAGAUGGCAAGUGGAAAAUAGGAUUUCUAUUGGAAAUUGCUCUCGAGUAAGGGCAGUGCCGAUGGGGUAGGCUGAGACCCAAAAGCAUGAACCAGCAAACUCCUGUCCACCCAUAGCUGUGAGACGGGUUUGAGGUGGGGGAGCUGUGGGGUGUUGCAGGUCUGAAGGCAGCCCCUUUCUCUCCUCUUCCUCCCCAUCUCCAUGCAGGGUGGCUAUGUGUGUGGGGAAGUGCAGCCGGAUUGUGGGUCCCUGCCUGCUGGUGCUGGGCACACUCUCCAUGGCAGCCAAUAUCCUCCUGCUCUUCCCUGGUGGGGCAUCAAAGUACCUGGCGGAGGGACACAUCAGCAAGCAUGCCAAGGCCAUGCCAGGCAUCUGGGGAGGCGGCAUUGCUGUGCUGCUGGCAGCAACCCAUAUCACGGCAGUGGGGUGGCGAUGCGCCGGCUGCUCUGACUGCGGCACCCGUUGCAAUGCUUUCAUCUCUGCCGUGCUCUCCAAGAUGGCGCUGCUGGGCGCUGCCGCCUGCUUCGUCCUCUCUGGGGUGGGUUUGACCAAUGGACCCCUCUGCUUUUACAACGCUUCUGAGCACAGCCGUGGACAGGGCACACUCUGGGGUUACCCCUUCCUGGAUGGCAGCAGCCAGGAGCCUGAUGCCAGGGCAGAGAACUACCUGUAUGAUCGUCAGAUGUGGAGCAUCUGCCUGGAGCCAGUGGGCAUCGUGGCCUGGAACGUCGGCCUCUUCUCCCUCCUGCUGCUUAUCAGUGCCACCGAGAUGGUGCUGGCCUCCCUCCAGAUCCUCAACGGCUGCCUUGGGUGCCUCUGCGGCUUUUGUGAGGGGAAGUAGGGACCUGCAGUGGUGCCUGGAGGCUGGUGCUCAGAGGAAUUGGCAUCCCUGGGUGCCCCUUGACCAGUGGCAAGCGUCAUGGCAGGGAUACGGCACAAGCUGUGAUACCAGCCCAGUGCAAGACGGAUAGACUCCCCCAUGGGGGACUGACACCCAGCCCAUCCUAGACAUCGAAGUGAUGUGCAUGGGAUCAGCGUGCAAAGGGCUGCCUCUGUGAAGAGCCCUCUGCCUGGGCGGUACCCCUUCCUCCACCCUGGAGGGGAUGCCCUUGGGCUGGCAGCCAUUUGGGAAUGGAAACCAGCCUGGUGAGCAAUGAAGGUGAGGAAGUGGCUCCUGGAAUCCUGGCAUGAGCCCAACAGCUUCCCCAGCCACCCCUUACCAGCCUCCACUUGCCCAAGUGCAAAGUGAAACGUAGUGGUAUUUGUAGAGCUAAGAGUAGGAACACUAAUUUAUUUUUGUUAAUCAACCUGUAUUUAGGGCAGCUUGUGUUCAUGUUUGUCUCCCAUGCAGGGCAGAAGGGACAAAGGAGACUGGAGGAGCUGAGCCGGGCUCCAGCUGGGGCUGGGGGACUUGGAUGGAGUCGUGCUGAAGGAGGUAGUGCUGGAAAUGAGGUGUAGCCCCCCCAAAGUUCACACACGCAUGCAGCAAAUGUCAGGAGCAGCCACUCGUCCCCACUGGCUGAGGACCCCAUCACACAACCUGCUACUGCCCUUGCAGGGGCUUCAGCACAUCCCCCACCCCUGUAUGGGGAUACAGGGACUAAGCGAGGGUAGGGGCCUGAACCUGCCUGUGCUGGGAGGAUGUUUGCCCCAAAA